GAAACUCUGCCCCAGCCCCCCCUGCGGGAGCCGCAGCGGUGCGCUGAGCCUGCACGUCGCCCGCCGGAGUCCGUCUGUGGUCGGUCAGUAGGUCAGAAGCUGCCCCGCUCUAUCUCCAGCCCUUCGCUUCCACCGAUAACCAGCAGCCGUCAUGAGGGAGAUCGUGCACAUCCAGGCCGGCCAGUGCGGGAACCAGAUUGGUGCAAAGUUCUGGGAGGUGAUCAGCGACGAGCACGGCAUCGACCCAACAGGAACCUACCACGGAGACAGCGACUUACAGCUGGACAGGAUCAGCGUGUAUUACAAUGAAGCCACCGGUGGGAAGUAUGUGCCCAGAGCCAUCCUAGUUGAUCUGGAACCAGGCACCAUGGACUCAGUCCGCUCUGGACCCUUUGGGCAAAUCUUCAGACCUGACAACUUUGUCUUUGGUCAAAGUGGAGCAGGAAACAACUGGGCCAAGGGUCACUACACAGAGGGGGCAGAGCUGGUGGACUCGGUCCUGGAUGUGGUGAGGAAAGAGGCUGAGAGCUGUGAGUGCCUGCAGGGCUUCCAGCUCACACACUCCCUGGGAGGAGGCACCGGCUCCGGCAUGGGCACCCUGCUCAUCAGCAAGAUCAGAGAGGAGUACCCCGACCGCAUCAUGAACACCUUCAGUGUGGUGCCCUCUCCGAAGGUAUCGGAUACCGUGGUUGAGCCGUACAAUGCCACGCUGUCAGUCCACCAGCUGGUAGAAAAUACAGAUGAGACCUACUGCAUUGACAACGAAGCCCUUUAUGACAUUUGCUUCCGCACUCUCAAACUCACUACGCCCACCUAUGGCGACCUCAACCACCUGGUUUCAGCCACCAUGAGCGGCGUGACCACCUGCCUGCGUUUCCCCGGCCAGCUGAACGCCGAUCUUAGGAAACUGGCCGUCAACAUGGUGCCCUUCCCCCGUCUCCACUUCUUCAUGCCCGGCUUUGCCCCUCUCACCAGCCGAGGGAGCCAGCAGUACCGCGCGCUGACGGUCCCCGAGCUCACCCAGCAGGUGUUCGACUCCAAAAACAUGAUGGCGGCUUGCGACCCUCGCCACGGACGCUACCUGACGGUGGCUGCCGUGUUCCGGGGCCGCAUGUCCAUGAAGGAGGUGGACGAACAGAUGCUGAACGUUCAAAACAAGAACAGCAGCUACUUCGUGGAGUGGAUCCCCAACAACGUCAAGACGGCCGUCUGCGACAUCCCGCCACGCGGCCUCAAGAUGGCCGUCACCUUCAUCGGCAACAGCACAGCCAUCCAGGAGCUGUUCAAACGCAUAUCUGAGCAGUUCACUGCCAUGUUCCGCCGCAAGGCCUUCCUCCACUGGUACACCGGCGAGGGCAUGGACGAGAUGGAGUUCACCGAGGCAGAGAGCAACAUGAACGACCUGGUGUCCGAGUACCAGCAGUACCAGGACGCCACGGCCGAGGAGGAGGGAGAGUUUGAGGAAGAGGUGGAGGAGGAUGCCUAAAAAAUGAGCUGAAGACAGAAGUCCAUAGGUCCAUAAACCAAAAAGAACAGAAAAUCUCAAAAAAAAAAAAAGAGAAAA